GACGUUAAUGUGUCAUAUCCAAUUUUUUAGUAUUCUUGUCUAGAAAACCACACGGUAUCAUGUAUUUUCUCAUGGGGAUUUUGAAUAUCAUAUUAAUUUUUAAUUCUGAGCAAUGGUUUCUGAAGUGAAAUUAAUUACUGGAUUAUCUGUCACUGACGAUGGAAAUCUGAUUUAUGCACGCAAAAUAAUGAAUCGCCACUCUCGUGCGUCCAAAAUCCUUUCAAUGGCUGGAAUAGACAUAAAAGCACCAACUGCUGAAAAUGGAGUUUACAGUAUAGAAGAAAAUAGUAGUUUAGAUCUUAAGUCUGAAAGAUCUACAUUUUGUGAUGUAGAUGGAUUAGAUUUGACAACCAAUAUGGACCUCAUGAAUAAUGGCACGUUAGUUACUGACGAGGAAUUGUUACACCUAGCCGACAUUCAGGUUAACCGCCUCAAUUCAAUGUGUUGUAGUUUGGUACAAACAUUUUAUUUGGAACAUGACGGAAAUUGUUUUGUGUAAAAAUUGUUGUUUGAUACAUGAUAAACAUUAUCUUGGGUAAAAACUAUUAUUUGGUACAUGAGGGAAAUAGCUUUAUGUAAAAAAAGUUUUUUGGUACAUGACACACAUUGUUGUAAAAAAUGUUUGGUACAUGAAAUUGUUUUUUGGUUGAAAA